AUGAUGUCCCCUGUUGGGAAGGAAACAUCUUCUUUGGAAGCACUGGGGGAAAGAGCCUUUCUGGACCUGCUCUUGGCAGCGGGGCAUCCUGGUGUAGGAGCUGGCGGGAGAGUGCAGCUUUUGCUUCGGAAUAUCCACCCUGAUGAUCUGGUGUGGACAACAGCUACCGGUGCCCUCCCGACCUUCACCUCUCAGGUCGGUUGUGCGGCGCAUUCCGAGCGCGUGGGGUUCCACCCGAGCGGCGGAGCUGCGCAGGCCGCCCCAUUUUCCCUAAAGUUUCCCCGUCCCCAAAGCGGGAGGGGGCCGGGUUUUGCCAGGGAUUGCGGCAGAGCGCGGUCACUGCCAGCUCGUCACCUCCCGACCCACUCCAGGCACCUUCCCUCCCGCCGCGUUUCGCCCUCUUCGCUGCGCGAAGGCUGCGCGGGUGCUGCGCGGGCUGAGCCACCGCCCAGCUGCCGCCCCGCCCCGCCCCGCCUGGGUACCGCGGAGGGAAACGAGGAAACUCCUCCGCCGAAGCCACCGCUCAACAGCUGCCACCUCUGUCCCUUCCCGAGGCUCGCACAGGAGCGGGAGACGUAG